AUGGCACCUCAGCGAUGCGAGAGAAGCUAUUUUGACGUCCUUCCGAACGAAUUGCUUAACGUGAUCAAAGGAAACAUCCACAAAAAGGACCUUAGGAUGCACGUCUGUUUCUACAAGAGUUCUUCUCGCGCGUUGUAUGGCCGCGACGAUUUCCGGAAGAAGCUGUGUUGGUUGAAUGGCCUGGGGCUGAUGCCUGGGGAGAUAUAUUAUUGCGUCUCUUGGAGGUUGAUUGCAUUUGAAUGUAUAGAAGAGGACGGGUUUUGCGAUCAUCCCAAAUGUGGAGGCAGACGGCUGGAACAGAACGGUGCAUGCAUGGAUCAGUGA